AUGACGGGUGCGGCCAACAGCGUUCAGCGAGACGUAGAACCCGGUUGCAAGACGGGCCUCUACUACAUAACCAUUGCCAAUUUGCCCUUUGGCACAUCAUGGCACGAGCUGAAGGACUGGCUUCGGUAUACCUGCAUCGUCGAGCAUGUUGAGAUCUUCAACAGUAGACGCCUCAAUCAGUGCGAGUUUGGGGGCCGAUGCAUCAUUGCAGACGGGCGCAAUGCCACGGAGCGCAUCAAGAUCAAGGAGCUCAUUGGUGACCCGUCGUCGUCAGCACCGUCGAUCGCCUCACCACACGUACGCGGCGUGUCGGUCAUGACCUCCCCAUCUUACGGAGUAGCUGUAAAGCCAUCAGCGACUGCGAGCCCUGGUCAUCAUGGGAAGUGGUCUGCUCGAACACCAUCCACUGGUGUUCCAUAUUCGCCCUAUUCGGCAGUUGAAUUGCCAGCUCCGUAUCACGCCGAGACCCCUAGGACACCAUAUUAUUCCUCGUCCAACAGCACCACCGGCUACACCGAUGCUGGAGGUGGCUAUCCGUACGAGAUGGAGCCGGCGCUCGGCGGUCGAGUUCGGCAGCCCUCCUACGAUUACCGAGCACAACAGUACGCAAUGUACGACGGGCCAGGCUACGGUGACGAAGGGUCGUCGGCGACGACUGGCGAGCACUACAGCUCCUCCGCAUCCUCGGCAGGUCUAUUAGUCACGGAACAGCGCAAAAUCAUCGUCAAACAUCUCAGCUCGAGCUCUUCUGAGGACCAGCUGAGGAAGCUCAUUAAAGCGUCCCUGAAGGUAGUCACGGCGGACAAGCACCAACUCCAACACAUUGAGUUUCCGCGCGACAACGACGGACGUCUGAGGGGUCACAUCUUUGCGACAUUCAAAACGCCCGAGGUGGCCUGCGGCAUCGUUGAAGAACUGAAUGGCCAGCUCUUUCAAAGAAAGAUCCUUGAAGUGCGGCUGACAAACGAGGGAGUGAUCCGAGGGCUUGACCAGCAGCAGCAGCAGCACCAUCACGAAGACUGGGAAAGCAACGGCCAGCAGACACAAGGACAAGUCGAAAAAGGACAAGAAGGACGCGGACGGCAAAAGCAAGAGCAGCAAGACGUCAAAAGGACGCGGACACGGUGA